GGAUAGUUGGGUGUGUCGGGAUGUCCCAGCCAACGGGUGCAGACUCACCAAGUCACCCCGCAUAAUCGCCUUAUCCAGAUUUUCUGGUGCUUGUAGAAUGCCUGAACUCAAAAUAGUGGUCUAGUCUCAUGAUUCCAGAGUAUUUAAAGACUUCGUGGUCUAUGAUCCUUCUCUUUCCGUUAGAUCAAAUCCGUUUUCAUUUGCUUUUCCGGGGAAUACACACAUCAUAUCAAACUUGCAAAACGUGCUGGCAAAGAUGGAAAACACUUGCCAAAUUCCCUGAUUGCAAAGGCAAAAGCCAGGGCAAUUGUAUUGAAUUCGAUCCUCCCAAUGACCAUAUCCAGUGGUGUGUCGAGGCCGAGAAGAGAGGCAGCAUUUGCAAUCCUGUGACGCCAACGUCCCAAGGGAGUUCGACAAGGCGUGGCCACAACUGCCCUGCGCAUCGCUAAGCCAGAAUUCUAUUAGGAUUGUCAGAAGUAUGGUGAUGGGAUCCCGAAUUUGGACGGCUGAGGUGAUAACCGGAGUAUAAUUUGUAACGAGGGGUGUGUGUGUUGGUCACGUGACAACGAUAUUGUAUUUAAGCCUUUAAGGGGUCGUCCCAACCCCCUGAAGUACAACACAAUCCAAUGCUUUGUCUUUUGUCUCGCCAUGUCCUCACUCAAGAAGGCGUUGCCAUAAAAAUCCCGCCAAGGUAUCUUUGGAGCUCAGACUCUGAUGUUGAAGUAAACCUUCAUAGCGUCAGACGCGAGCAAGAUGUUUAUCGUCGCUUGCAAAGCGCUAAUGAUGAAGGCUCUAAGGGAAUUGUCGGUUGUAUUGAGCUAUCAGCUGAAUCCACCAAACUGGCUUAUAUGGCUAAUGGCGACCUUCGGGCUUAUAUCAAAGAGUACCAGCCGUCUCAUGAGCUUCAACUUGCAUGGUUCCGGGAGAUGGCACGGACACUCUGUUAUAUCCAUGCAAAACAUGUGCUUGUUGCAGAUAUUGCUACUCGAAAUUUCCUUGUUGAUACAGAUCUGUCUGUCAAAAUCGCAGAUUUUACUGAGGCUUCUCUCAUUCCAUUAGAGUCCAAUAUGGAGACCGUGGAUGACAAUGGAUUUACCACCCAAAUCGAUGUCGGGCUCCUUGGCGCAGUCAUGUACGAAGUCAUGACAGGCAAGAAGUGUGAAAUUGACCUUUUCAAAGACAACUCUCCCACCGACGGCAGAGCGCAUUGGCCGGAGAGGAAGUCUCUGCCUAGCACACAGGGCCUUUGGCUCAGCUGGAUAAUUGAAGGCUGCUGGGACGGUGGAUUUCGCAGUUCCGACAGACUCUUGCAAGCGUUGGAUUCUGUCGAUCUACGUCUUCCUGCUGCAACUGAUCAACCACGCACGGCUCCCUACCUUAUUUCUAUCAAGGACUUUGUGAGAGAUCGGCCGUUCACGACUAUCAUUGGUGUUAUGGGCUUGACAAUGUUUACUUUUAUGGUCGGUAGGAGAGCAUUCGUGAUAUCGUAGCUUUCUGGUUUUGUAAUUGAUCUAGCAUCUUCACACUGAACAAACCAAGUUUCGCUCUACAUCGUUG